UACAUACAUACGGCACACACACACACAUGCAGAGUACCAGCCUGGCCACCAGGGGGCAGCAAACAGCAGCAGUUUGGAGUUACGAACUGUUGAUGUAAGAUGCAUGGACUCUCAACAACCAGUAUUAUCCUCCCCUGUUUCUUCUUCUCCUAUUUCGUAACUCUUCACAAUGACAUGAACCGCACUAACACCUAGGCCUGGUGAAUCACCCACUUCCUACCACCCCUUUUGUCUACACUUGAGCCCGACUACCUCAUUCCUCGGACCGUUAGGCUAGCUGUGCCCCGCACAAGCCUUCAAGGUAGAGAGCCCUCCGGUAGCAGUUGCACAUUGUACAAGUAGGCUGAUUGUUGAGGGCCUUGCAGCUUCCUGAUGAAUACUCAACACACAUACUGUACACUAAGUUUGACAUUGUCUGAGUUGCCCCGAUGGUCUGGUGUUUCUGCAUCAUCUAGCUUACACAGAAAAGGGAUAACAAUAUGUUAUAUCUCUUCAGCUUAGUUUAAAUUCUGGAUCUCGGUACAGUACUUUUAUAUUCUCAUUAAUAGGUGUUAUUACCAAGUGACGAGUUGACUUGAGGUAAACAAAAGCACAUGAUGUAAAUACGGUGUGUUGCUGUAACGACUGGACAAGCUGCAGAUGUUUGCGGCCAGCAGUAGGCAGUUGUGUGGUGGUGGAUCAUAUCAGUUUCUAUUCCUUUGCCUUAAAGUGUUAAAAGUGGCUGGAACGGCUCAUUUCACAUUUGUAUGAAUUUUUAUAUUUUGCACUACAAUCCAUCUCACCUAGUGAAGCUGACAUGCAGAAAAUAGAAAGUACAAGACUUGUCAUUUAGUAAAGAUCAAUGUUGCCUCGCUAGUGGCCGUUCUGUUCUCCCUGUUGAAGUGGGACGGAGAUGCAAGGAGAGAUGGGUAAUGUAGUCUUUGAGGGAUCUGUGUUUUUACAGGGGUAUUCUCCAUGUGUGUUACUGGCUUUUUAGAGGAAGUAGAGACAGCAAGUACUCAGUGGACACACGCAUGGUUUUAGCCUUUGUUUGGGGGUUGUUACUAAUAUUGCAAAGUGUUUAGUUUUCCCUCUGAUUUCGGAUGCAGAAGAAUGUUUCAGGCUCCCAUUUGAGGGGAAAAGGGCAGAAAGGUUUGCUUAGUAUUUGAAGGACUCAGGAAACUUUGAUCGGCUCAUAUCUGCUCGUUGUGACAGGCGUUUAUUGCAGACUUGAUUUGAGUUUCACAACAAAUUGAUGAAGAAAUGUCUUCAUAUAAAGUCCUGCUUGAUGGGGUGUUUGUGUUGAUAAGAAGAGGUCAGCAUUAUUUGAUUUAAAUUUAAAUUUGGCAGUUUGUUACAGACCAGUGUUUCCCAGUACUUGUACAUUUUCAAAAAACUAGGCCAUGCAUGUUAAGCCCUCUUGUGUUCAUAGAUCAUAAUUUCUUUGUUUUGUUAAAUUAAUGCAAUAUUGCAGCACUGUACGUUCUUCUGUUUAGCUUUUACAUGUUGAAGUAAAAGUCUGAGGUUGAGGAAGCACGAGUCAAUUUAAAGGACCUCAUUUAAAAUGACCUAAACUGACUUGCCGUUGGUUAAUUAGAUUUUAUGAAAGUAAGUUUUAUGUUAAAGUCAAUGUUCUGUGGAUUUAAGCUGGCACAUUAUGUAAUAUUGAAUAGUUCCAAACCAAAACAAAAACAUUGUGAGACCUUUUGCAAACAAAGCAGUCAAUGACAUCCAAGCACAACUUGCAAUACGAUUACCAACAAACAAACACAUUUUCUGCAACAAUUUUAUCCUGUUUUGAAAUUUCUAACUUCUUUUGACAUUGUUUUGUGGAGUGAAACCUUCAUUUGUCGCACUAACCCUUUGGUCUUUGUUUUAAUAGCCAAGCCUUCUACUACUCAGUGUUUUCGAUAUACAUUUCAAGAAACGCUUUUAUUUGAAAUGUGUCUACUUUCAGAUGGAAGACUGUGCUUUGUAAUAAACCUGUUUUAAGUCUUUGAAAAAAGUUUUGGCAUGUUUAAAGCAGAUUUGUGGUAUUUAUAACUUGUGGCAUUCUUGAACUAAUGAAAUGCAAUUAAAGAUAUCUAUAUUUAUUACCAGAUUAUGGUCUUGAUUUUAUUCUGUUUCCUAAAGUGGGAUGUGUGCCGUAUACCAGGCGUCCUUGAGUGGAUUCCAGGAACACAGAAAUGAUAAUUUUCUCAGUUUUAAUGUUCUCUCACUUCAGAGGUUGAAGUCACUGAAAGAUGCUGCAGACAUGAUGUUUUCACUUCUUAUAUGAUAUUUUAGAUUGGUGUCUCAGGGAUAAAACCAUUCAUUCAAGGAUCUGAUUUGGAAGUAUUGAGUGUGAGGUACUGCCCCUCCCGAAUCAAUCUUUGCUCCUCAUGUGAAGGUGUUCAAUAGCCAAUAGAGUGCGUGUCAUUAGGGCAUGCGCACCAAAGCGUGUCAGACCAGGUCCCGCCUGGUCCCAGAGAAAACAAGGGGUGUGCUCGCUUGGGUGCAUGUGAAGCAGCAGCGCAUGCGCAGCGCAGAAAAUCACGGGCGUCGAGCUUCACACCGCAGCGAUUGCAGAUCCUACAUGUCAGAUAGGAAGGAGUGGGAAGGGGUACGAGGACCAGGGCCCCCCCAUCACUCACAGCCCGGCUACAACAGAGGGAUGGAGACCCGAAGAAGGAGAAGAAGAGGGCUGAUGUGACUCCGACUGACUCUUUUUUUGUAUUAUUUCUAACUUGAGCCUGUCUGCAGAUGCAACCUGUCUGUCAUCCCGUCCGUCCCAGUAAUCCCAUCUUGUGUUGCAGCGUUUCCUCCACGGGGGCUAAAGCAGAGGGGACACAAUGACAACCUGGUGAAUGCAGACCAGAUGGAGUAAAACACGUCAAGCGCGGCGCAGGAUGCGCAUCCCCGGCCCGUCCAGGAAGAAGGUAGAGCAACCUGGCUGUUUUUCUGGUGUCGUGUGUCAGAGAUUUUCCGCGGUGCUGUGGAUUGAUCGUUUCCUUCGUCGCCCUCCUGCUGCCGGUGUCGGUGUAUAAUGGAGAGCUCCAAUGGCUCUGGCAGCGACACCAAACCGCAGAACCACCAGUUGGAGAAGAAGAGACUGAACCGAGCGCCUUCCCCGGCCAGACCUUUCCUCAAGGAUGUUCACUCUCGCUCCAGCAAACCACCUGCCAUCGUACCAAAAUCCCCCAAACUCAACAAGCCUUCCUCGGUGCCAUUGGUCCAUCCGAACCGCAGCUCCAGACGCCACACAGCCGGUGCUAAAGAGAAGCCCGUCACGACGAAAAGUAACGCCAAGUCUUCUGUCGUGAAAAAGCCCACAAAGGUGCCUCAGCAUGCGGCGGUCGAGCCCAGAGUCGCCAGCAUCACACCGGACAGCACCAGCAGUCCCAUCCUCGCCAAAGGCAAGAAGGGGAAACUAGCCUCGGGGUCUCUGGGCCCUCCCGGCCAUGGAUCCCCGAUCCGGGUACCGACCGGAGCGCUUCACGGCCGGGUCAGCCAGACCGACAGCAGUUCGGACCUGUCGGACUGCCCGUCUGAGCCGCUGUCGGACGAGCAGAAGCUGGCACCGGCUGCUAGUAGCGACGCUGAGUCCGGCACCGGCUCCAGUGACCGGGAUCAGGUGGGAGGCGAUAAUCCGCUGCGGGCAGAAGCGACUGGAGCGGCCGCAGCCGGUGCUCCAUUGCGCACAAUCGAAAGCAUGUCUCAGGCUCAGCCCGCUCCGGGGGCGCACGGAGAGAAACCCAAGCAGGAGAAAUCCUCACCAGGCGCACAAUUCAGACUGCCAGGCAGCAAGGAUAUGAGUGAGGAGGACCUGCUGCGGGAGGUGGACGAUUUGAGAUCUGAAAACGACUACCUCAAGGAUGAAGUGGACGAGCUGCGGGCGGAGAUGGAGGAGGUGCGAGACAGCUACCUGGAGGAGGAGGUCUACCAACUGCAGGAGCUGCGGCGAGAUCUGGACCGCUCCAACAAGAACUGCCGCAUCCUGCAAUACCGCCUGCGAAAAGCCGAGCAGAAGAGCCUGCGGGUCGCACAGACCGGCCACGUGGACGGAGACCUGCUCCGUAGUCUGGAGCAGGACUUAAAGGUGGCCAAAGAUGUGUCGGUGCGUUUGCACAACGAGUUGGAGAGCGUGGAGGACAAGCGCAGCAGAGCUGACGAUGAGAACGAGCUGCUCAGACAGAAGAUCAUCGAGGUGGAGAUCUCCAAACAGGCGCUGCACAACGAGCUGGAGAGGACCAAAGAGACUGCACUGAGGAGACGAGGAAGCAGGGAAACAUUUAAAGACAAGAAAUCCACGAGUCAGGAGGACAGUGCAGACCUCAGGUGCCAGCUCCAGUUUUCCAAAGAGGAGUCCGGCCUAAUGAGAAAAAAGAUGGCGAAGCUGGGUCGGGAGAAAGACGAACUGGAGCAGGAGCUGCAGAAGUACAAGUCAGUUUACGGGGACGUGGACAGUCCCCUUGCUCUGGCCGAGUGCUCGGGUGGGGGUCCUCACACCACUCGGGAGGCUGAGCUGAGAUUACGACUCAAGCUGGUGGAGGAGGAGGCUAACAUCCUGGGCAGGAAGAUUGUGGAGCUGGAAGUGGAGAACCGCAGCCUGCGGGCGGAAAACGAAGACGUUCGCUGUCAGUAUGAAAGAGACUGCUUUGGGCGGGAACCAUUCUCCAGCAUGCCCUCGUCGCCUUACGGCGGUGACGCGCUGGAUUCGGCAAGUGAGCUACGUCGCCAUCUGCAAUUUGUGGAGGAGGAGGCUGAGCUGCUGCGCCGCUCCAUCUCAGAGAUUGAGGACCACAACCGGCAGCUGACAUCUGAACUCAAUCGCUUCAAGUUCGGCCCCAGCAGCAGCUCUGUUGGCGAGGAGGGCAGUGAGGGAGGCCUGUUUAAACCUGGUAAUGGGGGGAACGGCAACAGCUCCAGCGGUGGGUUGAUGAUGGAGGAGCUUAAAUCAGCUAGGAUGCAGAUCAAUGAGCUGAGUGGAAAGGUGAUGAAGCUGCAGUACGAGAACCGAGUCCUCGUGUCCAAUGUCCAGCGCUGUGACCUGGCUGCACACCUGGGCCUGCGCACCGGCAGCCCUCGAGACAGCGACGCAGAGAGUGAUGCAGGCCGGCGAGAAGCAGCUGAGGAAGAGGAGGCAGGGCGUCUUCUUCUCCUCCACCCCAAGAGAGAAGGGCCCAUCGGGGGCGAGAGUGACUCCGAAGACCUGUUUGAGAAAACCGCAACCACCUCAGGGUUCGGAAGCAUCAAACCGUCAGAUGGCAGUGAGCUCAGCGCCACUGAACUGGCCAACCGCAGGAGAGAAGAACGUGAGUCAUUCUCCAACGUGAAACGCGAGGCGGAUAGGCUCGGGAAGACGGUGGACCGUCUGAUCACGGACACAGACAGUCUGAUCUUUGAGGGCAGGCUGCUGGUGACGACGGGAGAGAUCCUGGAAGGAGGGGAGUCGUCUGGAUCCAAACCAGACACCCAAGUCCUGGACACCAUCAACACUCGCAUGAAGGCUUUCCGCACUGAGCUGCACAUCUUCAUGGAGAAGCUGGACCAUGUGGGGGAGGGGCUGAGAGAAAGGACAGACGAUCUGUCACCCAUGCCAAACCUCACAGAGUCCAGCAGCUUCCUGUCCACAGUCACCUCCAUGUCCCGUGACUCUCCCAUUGGCACCUUUGGAAGAGACCUGGUUACAGACUUCCAGCUCCGGGACACGCCUGCUGCUGACAUCCAAUUUCGUCUGGAUCACGAGCGAAGUCUGAGAGCAGCGACGGAGGAGCAAGAGGCUGUCGUUCCUCUUCCUCAGCAGGAAGACGAGCGACUGCGUCUGGAGGCCCAGCGUGCAGGUCUGGAGUUGCAGGGACUUCAGACCCAUGAGGUGCCCUGGCCUCAGGAGAGAGCCCUGCUGCAACAGGAGGUUCGCCUCUUCAGACGCAACAACAUCAUCUUCUACAUGAAGCUCAGGUGGAUCCUCAUGCACUGGAGGCUCGGCCGCAAGGACGACUCCGAAGAGGAGACGGCGAACCCGGAGUUUGAGAAGUUGGAGGGCAUCCCAGAGCUGGGAGUGAUAACGGAGCAGGCGGAGGGUGAGUCGGAUCGAGACGACAGACCGUGUUUACCACAGUCUCCAGGGAACGUCCCCAACCCCGGGCCCAUCAUCCCUCUGCCGUCGCCUGAUCGACACCUGCAGCAUCAAAGACAGUUUGGGGAGAACCGGCAAGUGCUGCAGGCCCUGCGGACGCUGCUGGAGGAGUUUCAAAUGGAGCUGCAGGAGGAGGAGUCACGGCGAUGCCAACUGCAGCAGUCCUACGCCAAUGACAAAGCCGCCUGGGAGGUCAAGUGGGCAGAGAUGAAGUGCCAGUUAGCCCAGCUGGAGGAGGAGGCACAGGGCAAGGUGCGAGGCGAAGCUCAGGGAGGUGAAGGGGAACCGGCCGAAGAACCCAAGUGGCCCUUGAAGCUGGAGCGCGAGGAGCACCGGCGUCUGCUGGCCGACAGCCACAGCACCUCCCUGGACCUCCGCUGGAAGCUGCAGCACGGAGAGAAGAUGUGGAGCCGCGAGAGGGGAGAACUGCUGGAGCGCUUCGACCGGGAAAGGCAGGAGUGGGACGGCGGCAUGAGGGAGCUCCAACGCAAGAUGGAGAGGAUGCAGAGAGAGCUGAACACCCGGUGGGGUGAGGGCAUCGACGUCAUAGAAGGUGGCUCGGACCAUAGAGGUGUGUUCUUUCCUCAGGACAGUCCCUGCAACGCCCCCCGGUCGCCGCGCUCCCCACGCUCCCCCUGUACGUCCACACCCGUCCCUGCUGCUCCUCCCAUGCGCUCCCACUCUGACUCUGAAGUCAUGCUGGAGGAGCAAGGGGCUGCGAUGAGGCUGAAAGGCCCCACGGAGAACCUGUUCCUGGACGCGCUGUCUCUGGACCCCCUCAGCGGCCUGGAGGUCCCUUCACCCUCAAGACUGGAUAGUGAGAAGAGGUUCCCCUGCAUGAAGGAGGCCCUGAAUGAGAUUUCGGAGAGAGAAGUAGAUCUUGCGAGCCCAGAUGACGAGAUGGGCGGUGGGAGUCUGCUCAGAGCCAAGUCUGUGUGCUCCAUGAGCGACUUCCAGCGGUUAAUGGACAGCUCGCCGUUCCUCCCCGACAAGACUCGCCACGGUGAUCUGGACCAAGACGACGUCACCCCGCCUCUGUCCCCGGACGACCUCAAGUACAUUGAGGAGUUCAACAAUAAGGGCUGGGACUUUCCAGCAUCCACCUCUGGCCGGGAUCCUGCCCUGGAAGUGUGGACAGACAAACCCCCCGAGGCCCGGGGAGGGGAGCUCCUUCUUGAACCAUUCCAGCCUGCCUCCUGGUUCCUCACCACCAGCGCCACCCUGACCACCAGCACCCUGAGCAGCCCCGAGCACUGCCACAAGUCCCCGCUGAGGGGCAACGGAGCGGGGGCAGCAGGGGUGGGAGUGGACCACUAUGGGGUCCACAUGCUCCACAGCCCCACCAGACCUGGGGCAACUGAGCGCCCUACUGCGCAAGACCCAGACUUCCUGUACGCCAAAGGGACCAAAGCCAGGGGCGGAGGAGAGGCUGGGGUGAGAGCCAGCGGGUCAGAUGAGGUGUUCAGCAGUGGGAGGUGGGCAUGUGGGCUCCUGGACGGUGGGGCGUUGAGGACUUCUCCUAGCCAGUCUCCUAUCUGCCCCACUGUGGGCUUCACCUCCUCUCUGGAGCUUCAGCUCUCCAGGAACAUGAGUGACGACAUGAAGGAGGUGGCCAUCUCUGUGAGGAACGCCAUCCGUUCACCGCCAGGGCCCGUCGUUAGGGACACCGCCUGCCAGACCAACGGAUUGACCACGCGAGGCACUCAGACCACUCAGACCAUCAGUGUGGGUCUACAAACGGACCUGUUGAGGAACCUGACCAGCAGCCCCCACCGCUGCCUCACCCCGAAAGGUGGCGGGACGCCUAUUUCUUCCCCGUCGCGCAGCCUGAGAAAGGUUCAGUACUCUCCUGUCGUACAGAGUAAGUUUGAGCGACCCUGUUGCUCGCCAAAGUACGGCUCGCCCAAGCUUCAGCGCAAACUGUCCACGUCCAACAAGGUUGAGGUACCCAACACCAACCGCGCUCCCACCCCCACCACACCGCAGAAGGCCAACAACGAGUCGGCGUGGGCCCGCUCCACCACCACUCGCGACAGCCCCGUCCAUACCACCAUCAACGACGGCCUCUCCAGCCUCUUCAACAUCAUCGACCACAACCCCGUGGCCUACGACUCCAUGCAGAAGUUCAACAAGUCCCCCAGUCGCUCUCACCCCACCCCUCCCUCCACCACCGAUCCCAGCCCUGCCCACGGGGCUCUCGCCACGGACCCCAGGAACGAGUGCUUGCGGAUCGUUCGCGGGCGCUCGCCAAGCCCCGUGCAGCUUAUAGUGGAGACGCAGGGGGACAAAAACCCAGAGGUGGUGAGCAUAAGGCAGGACCUGUCGGCCCCGCCGGGCUACACGUUGGCUGAAAACACAGCCCGCAUCCUUAACAAGAAGUUGCAGGAGCAGAGCUUUAGAGAGGAGCGGCGGCUGCAGGCUGGAGGACAAAGCAGCCACAGCAGAGACAGCAGCAGGCAGGCCGACUCAGACAGAGGACAGUCUGGAAGUAUGGAGAACCACACUGUCAUACUAACAACUCCUUGGGGACUCUAACUCUGCUUGUCUCCGUGAUGUAAGUUCCUCUUCCUCCUCCUCUUCCUCUAUGCGGUGGGUUCACCAGCCACACGGACCUCUCACCUCCCGUCCUGCAGACCCCUCCUCCUCCUCCGCCUCCUCACCCUCACCCUCUUCAUCAAUGCAUGCUUCACAGGACGGCAGAGUGACAGUGUGUGAAGCCAUCGGAGUGGUGUCAAAAGUUGUGCGACGGCCAUACAUCUGUAUCUUUGUGUUAAUGCACGCAUGAUCAGUUUCUUUGUUAUAGAUCAUCUGUUUUUUAAAGGACCAUAAUGGUGUUUUUUUGCAUGUUUAAUGCCAUCAACCACAUAAAUCACAUCUACUGUUUUCUAGUGUCAUACCAUACAUGUUGAGAUUAUUCGAUUUAAAAACAUUUUCAGCCAAAACGGUAUGAAAAUUGUAUGCAAAUAACCACUUGAUGACCAUAACAAAGUAAAAAGAUCAAAUUUAGAAUUUUUGACGGUUUCUGACUUUAGGACGAUUUAAAUUAUUUAUUAGGGUGGUGGGGAAAAAAAGUCGGGAGCUUUGCUGUCAAUGAUAAUUCUUUGAAAGAAAAUUGAAAAUCUGCAAUAAUCUGAAUCGGCAGGUCAGACUUUUAAAAAGUAAUCGGUGCAACAAUUCCUGCUCUCUGCACAGCGUUAGUGUGGGAUGACAAGUCAUCCCCAUGUUCCCAGGGUCCUCAUUGUAAGAGAUUAAGGACACUGGGAACAUAAAACCCUUUGAAAUUCAAGCCCUUAAUAAGUCAAGAGGAUACUGAGCAGAGGAACAUAGAUGCACUCCUCUGACGACACAUUUCAUUCACAAAAAACUGAAACAUUACCUGUAAUGAAGUACGCAUCUCAAGUAGUUUUUCACGGUUCAACAAGUUGAUUGUCAUACCACCCAGAGAAGAAACGAAAAACAAAGUUUGGCGGUAAUAAUUAUAUGUGAUUUGACAUUAACGGGAAGGAUCCUGCAAAACUGCCGUUAUGGUCCUUUAAAGCAAACUCAGUCCACGUGAUCCAAAGAGUCGUCAGAUUGUGUCUUGACUGCUGAAAACCUGACACAAAACAAAUUGACUCUUUUGGACGUUUCACGCAUUCCUCGGUGCAGGUUGUUUUGGGGGCCCUGCAUAUAAUAAUAGUGAUAACCUGGAUUAUUCUAACAUUGUGUUUCUACCAGGUGCUCCUCUUUUUUGUCACCACGUUGUGCGACUUGAUGGACUGUGACGUUUUCUUGGGAUGUUUUACUAUUUUCACCCUUUUGUCCAUACAGUGCUUUCUUUCCUCUUCCCUCUUACAGUUCCCCCUAUAGCCAUUUCCUCUCGCACUAACGAGUCCUCGAAAGAUUAACCGAGGACGACUGCUUCUAACACUCAUCACUUUCUACAUUCUAUCACCUGUUGGGGUUGUGUUUGACACCUGGUGGAUAUUAACUGCUUUCUCUGGUUCAUUGUGCAUGCUUAAAGGGAAGAUCCACCAUCAGAUGCUCCUACACUGUUAUAUAACAUGUUAUCAGCCUGUCGGCGUAUUUUUACGCCUGCUUGUAGUUCAGUUAGUCAUUUCCUACAUUAUGCAAAAAUACUUUUGAAAAACAAAUGCAAAAAGUUCCGUUCUCUCCUUGAUGAUGAGUCCAAGUGCAAGAGUUCAGAGUCGGCUGCUAAAAACAUUUGUUAAAGCUUUCAGGAAGUCAAACUUGAAAGACAAACAAUAUGAAAACAUGGAUAUUGUAAGACGGUUAAUGUGUAUUUGGUAAUGUUUUAUGUUCAAAAUGCUGCAGACUCUUUCUGAACAAAAAGCCAGGGAAGCCUUGUGAUGUACUUGUGAUGCACGCUAUAUUGUUCACACACUGGCCUGCGAAACUUGUGUACGCCUGGAGAGAGAGAAAGUUUAUCCCUUAGCCUGCAAAUAGUCAAAUAAUCCUUUGUCGGCAGAGUUGAAUAUCGUAACUAAACUACUUAACUAAACAUGGUGACACUAAACAUGGUGAAUUAAUAAAACAUCUUGAUGAGAUCACACUGCUCUUUGUUUCUAAAACCUGACAUUUAACAGUGAUUUUCAUUCAUUUUUAUUUCUUGUAUUUGUCAGACAAUAGGCCUCAUUCACAAACAGCUUGCACAAUUUGUGAUCUGUGAUUAAACCGUUUUUCUUACUUGUUCGUACUCUGUGAACAAAUUAGAAGUGUCUCAGACGAUGCGUACGCACAAAUGAUGGUGUGGCUGUCUUAGAGAAUG